UGGAUAUGUUGUUUCGUUGGGCAGCAUUGUUGGUGUUAUUUCAGGCCAGUUGCAUCGGCGCCAGGUCAGCCACCCUCUCACUAGGUCAAUCUCUUUCUCUAGGACAGAGUUUAAUCUCCCCAGGAGGAAAAUUCGAAUUGGGAUUCUUCCAUCCGGGUAAUUCCAGUAAUGACAUAUAUGUAGGUAUAUGGUAUGCCAAUAUAUCAGUUCAAACAGUAGUUUGGGUUUUAAAUAGGGAUAACCCAAUCCUUAAUUCCAGUAGCAGCAAUGCAAAACUAAUGCUUUUCGGUGCCAAUCUACAGCUUUUUAAUGAUGCCAGACAACUAAUCUGGUUUACCAAUGUAUCCUCAACAGUAUCGAAUACCACUGAGGCAAUGCUUCUUGACACUGGAAACUUUGUUGUGAAGAAUGAUGUGUUUACAUAUUGGCAGAGCUUUGAUUAUCCAACAGAUACUUUGCUGCCCGGCAUGAAAUUUGGGUUUGAUGAGACAAGUGGAAAGAACAUAACACUUUCUUCGUGGAGGGACAACGAUCAACCUGGAACAGGAUUGUUCUCACUGCAAAUGGAUCCAAAUGGGAAUGGUGAAUUUGUGAUGAAGGAUAGCUCAGAAACAGUCUGGAGGAGUGGGCCUUGGGAUGGGGAGGGUUUCCAGUUCAUUCCUAGGAGGUUAGGUUACAAUGCAUUUAACUUCAGUUUCGAUGGUAAAUAUGUUUUGUACAAUGUUGGUAAUGACUCCAUUACAUCUAGAAUUCUGAUAACUCCCUCAGGGAUUAUGAAGCUCCUAGUCUGGUCUGAGAGUACUAAAUACUGGGGUGUUUUCUUUACAAUACCUUCUGACCAAUGUCAAAUAUCCGGUGCUUGUGGGGAUUAUGGAAUAUGUGACAUUUCUUCAAGUCCAGUGUGCAAAUGCUUACCUGGUUUUGAGCCAAAAUCCAAUACAAAUUGGGAUCUACGCGACUUCUCUGACGGGUGUGAGAGGAAACGUCCCCUGCAGUGUAACAGCAAUGUAGGUGGGGAAGAUGGAUUCCUUAAAAUAAGUAAUGUAAAAUGGCCUACAUCUUCUCAACCUUUGGAAGUUGGAAGCACCGAGAGGUGUAGGAUUUUAUGCUCAUAUGAUUGCACAUGCAAUGCUUAUGCAUACAGUAGUAAUGGGCGAUGCUUAUUGUGGAAUGAACAACUUUUAGAUCUGGAGCAAUUGGGAAAUCAUUCUGCUCUAGGAGACUUGUUUCUUAAGUAUCCGGAAAAUGAUACUAGUGUUCUUCCUCCAACAGGCGCGAGUGUUCUUCCUCCAACAGGACAUAAAAGAUCACCAGUCACAGCUAUAGCAGCAUCCAUUGCCUCGGUAAUCUUUAUUUCUUUUACAUGUCUGUGUUACCUCUGGAGAAGAAACCUCAAACGCAAAGGCGUGAAGGAAACAACUCAAAAUCAAAAUCAAAAUCAAAAUCUCUUGCUGUUUGAUUUAAAUGGUGAUGUUGCUGUACCUAAUGCUAGUAGCACUCUCAAAGAUAGUAAUGGAAUGGACAAAUAUAAGAACUAUGAACUUCCAAUGUUCAGCUUUCCAAGUGUAGCUUUAGCCACCGACAAUUUUUCUAUUGCCAAUAAGUUGGGAGAGGGAGGUUUUGGGCCUGUAUACAAGGGGAAAUUACUCAAUGACCAGUUAGUUGCAAUAAAAAGGCUUUCUAAAAGGUCGGGACAAGGGUUGAAAGAGUUCAGAACUGAAACAGAACUAAUCGCCAAACUCCAACAUAGGAAUCUUGUAAGGAUCCUCGGGUGCUGCAUUGAGCUGGAGGAAAUGAUACUGAUCUAUGAGUACAUGCCUAACAAAAGCCUGGAUUCUUUCCUAUUUGUGCCUACGAAUCAGGAGCAAUUGGAUUGGGCAAAGCGUGUCCACAUCAUUGAAGGCAUAGCUCAAGGGCUUCUUUAUCUUCACCAGUACUCAAGACUUCGAAUUGUUCAUAGAGACCUUAAAGCUAGUAACAUUUUAUUGGACGGAGAAAUGAAUCCUAAAAUAUCUGACUUUGGGUUGGCAAGAAUUUUCGGGGCAAAUGAGCUGCAAGCAAAUACUGACCGCAUCGUUGGGACUUAUGGCUAUAUGUCCCCAGAAUAUGCCAUGGAAGGGCUUUUCUCAGUAAAGUCCGAUGUCUUUGCCUUUGGAGUUCUGCUACUGGAGAUCAUAAGCGGGAAGAAGAAUACUGGCUUUUAUGGCGCAGACUGUCUUAGUCUUCUAGGACAUGCAUGGGAGCUAUGGACGAACGACAAAGUACUCGAGCUUCUAGAUCCAGUACUGCAAGUGCAUGGUUCCUCAGCCAGUCCAGACAGAUAUAUUGCUAUAGGCCUCUUAUGUGUACAAGAACGCCCUGCAGAUAGACCCGCUAUGUCUGAAGUUGUUGCCAUGCUGAGUAAUGACCAAGCGACUUUAGCAUCACCAAAACAGCCCGCUUUCACUGCUGGGAGGACUGUUGUGGUUAAUGCAGCAGGUGAAGUUCAAAUCUGCUCUGCAAAUAAGUUGACAAUUUCUGUCAUGGCGCCCCGAUGAUGCAGGUCGAGUUCUGUAGCUAAUGCCAUUUCUAGUCCUCAAAAGAAUGCUUCCACAGACAGAUCAAAAGGAUGAAGGUAACAUGUAUAUUUUCAUAGUGUACAUGAUUUACAAUUACAAG